AGAGAGAAUUUAGGAGCUCGUUUGGUCCAAGACGUUGCCAACAACACAAAUGAGGAAGCAGGUGAUGGUACCACAACAGCUACUGUAUUAGCACACUCCAUUGCUAAAGACGGGUUCACUCGUGUGAGCAACGGAGCCAACCCUAAUGAAGUGAGGACUGGAGUUCAGAGAGCUGUAUCUGCUGUAGUUGCCGCACUUAAGGAUCUAUCAAAACCAGUCACAACUCCAGAGGAGAUUGCACAAGUGGCUACAAUUUCUGCCAAUGGCGACAAAGAGAUUGGAGAUCUCAUAUCAUCGGCAAUGAAGAGGGUUGGCAAGAAUGGCGUCAUCACAGUUAAGGAUGGCAAGACUCUUAAUGAUGAGCUGGAAGUGAUCGAAGGAAUGAAGUUUGACAGAGGAUACAUAUCACCUUACUUUAUAAACUCCAGUAAAGGACAAAAGGUUGAAUUUGAGAAUGCACUUCUUUUGCUUUCGGAGAAGAAGAUUAGCUCCGCCCAGAUGCUGAUCCCAGCUCUUGAGCUUGCUAAUGCUCAACGUCGUCCACUCGUUAUAAUUGCUGAAGAUGUUGAUGGAGAGGCACUGACAACACUAGUACUGAACAGGUUAAAGGUGGGGCUACAAGUUGCAGCUGUCAAGGCUCCAGGGUUCGGUGACAAUAGAAAGAAUCAACUAACUGACUUAGCUAUAGCAACUGGUGGAAUAGUAAGUCAAAACUGAAA